UGCCUGAUUUCUCUUACUUGAACACUCUGGCUUGGUCAAAUUCACAGCGGGUGGGGGGCCAGGGACUGGCUGGGGGAGGGCACAGGGAGUCCGUGUUUAUGGGGACAGGGUCCACUCGGGAAGAUGGGAGAUGUCCCGGGGAUGGACGGCAGUGAUGGCUACUGGGUACGGUGAGUGUCCUUCAUGCCACUGACCUGUAACUUACAAAUGACUGAAGUGGCAAAUUUUACGUGGCGUAUAUUUUACCUUGACUUUUAAAAAGCCUUAAGACACCUUACCAGGACAAGCUGACUGAUCAGACAAACACGGCCGGACACUAGUAAGCAUGGAAUCUGGGCGGUGUUCUGUGGGCACUCAUGGUGCCCUCCUGCCUCCUUUUGCUUUCCGAGUCCCUCAAAGCCAAUUUCAUAAUGAAAAACACGGGCGUGUGUUCUCGGUCCCGCCCCUUCCCUCCCUUCUAACAGAAUUAUCCAGCCACAUCCUUGGCUCCGGGCACAGCCAUGUGUCUCCCUCCGGCUGUCCAGGAAGCGGUCACAGACCAGAGGCUGGGGGCUUACCAGCAACAGGCGUGUGCUCCCCAGUUCGGGAGGCUGAAAGUCCGGGAUCGAUGUGCCGUCUGGAUCGGGUUUUGGGGAGACACAAACCAUCUGACCACAGCACUGCGGGCCUCACUUUGACCAGCGAUAUGCAGCCCCGUGCUCAGUGUCACCACCUUCUCUUCUCGGCUGCAGAAGCCUUUAGGAGGCGGCCAGGGGUCCCCGCAGCGGUGCGGAGAGGAGAGCAGGCAGUUCCCAGAGGCCCAAUUGAAGGCUCCGGAAGAGGGAGUCCAUUGACGUGGCCCCCACAGGACAGUGGCGCCCCCCACAGGACAGCAUCCCAGGGACGCACAGUGCGCAGAGGAAGAGAAUGGGAACAGGACCUUGCAGCAGGAGGCCAGGGAGGCCGGGAAGUUGGGGCUCGGCCACCGCCUCCUUUCUCAGGGAAAAGGGGGCAGCUCCCAGGCAGAGGCUGA